AUGCUCGACAAAGGAAAGGCGACGGCGCAUGACCAUACUCAGCCAGACCUUGCGCUUGCCAGCGAUGCACGCCCGUCAUCCGUGCACGUCGGCGACAGCCCUGCCGCGGACGAUCAUCACACGCCGCCCCAGUCUGAUCCUCGACCCCGACAGCCGACGCAGGGCGUGCUCGCAUCGCCCGUCGACGCCCAUCGAGUGUCGACGACGCUAGCGCCGCGCACUGGCAGGGACGCAGCGGGCUCGCGGACAGGGGCUCCGGAGCGCAGCGCUGACGGGGGCGACGGCGGAGACAGCGACAGGCAAGGUGCGAUCAGAGACGAGCGAGGUGAUUUGCCCGCCGAUGCAGAGCACGCGCAGACGCGAUCUGGGCCGGGAUCGGACACUGCUGUCUGUUCUUCCGCGUCUAUUCGCCCUCGCAUUCAAAGUCCUUGCAAUGCGUCCCGCCACCCCCCUGCGCUCUCUGCUCCCGUCCUCCUCAUGCCUCGCCACCUGCGCCCCCUGCUUUAUUGCCACUGCUGCCGCCCGCCCAGCCCCAUCGUCGCCCCGACCACCCUCCACUGCGGCCACACCGUCUGCGCAGACCAUGUGCGCUCGGACGGCUCGCCACCCUCUUCGUCUUCGGCGCCAGCAGCCCUCCCGCUGCUGCCCACCUGCCCCCUGCCAUCCUGUUCCCGUCCAUCCACCCACCAGAGUCCAGCCGCAUUCACUAUUCCACCGACCUCCAGGGUGGUCUACCGACCGGCACCCUCUAUUUCAGACCCCCCUCCCCUUACGACUGUCGCAAUCAAAGUACCAGACCCGAAGGUCGACGUCGUGGUAAGUAAAGUGAUAGACUUGGUCGAGCGGAUGGACAAGCUAGCAGAGGAGGGCGAGGACGAGUUUCGUUCGCGCUCGUCUUCUCGCUCCCGACCAUCACAACGCCCGAGGAAACGUAGGCGUCAUCUCCAUCUCCCCGACCCCCAGGCACAGCAGCGCGCCAACGUUCCCGGGCCUUCUUCCCUGGGCGCAGGGGGCGACUCUAGCCCCGAGUCGCUUAGUGCAAAGCUCGAGAAGGAACUCAUGGGUGAGCUGACGUGCGAGAUUUGCUACAUGCUCUUGCAUCAGCCCGUCACAACACCUUGUCAGCAUACGUUUUGCGCCAAGUGUCUGCAGCGUUCGCUGGAUCACAGCAACGCCUGUCCACUGUGCAGACAGGAUUUGCCUAGUUUCUCCUAUUUUCAAGACCACCCGUACAAUCAAGUCUUGCUUGCCAUCAUCCUCAAAGCCUUCCCCGAGACAUACGCGGAACGGCGCCGGUCGAUCGAAGAGGAGGAGAAAGCCGCGAGGCUGGAUACGCCCUUAUUUGUCUGCCAGCUCUCCUUUCCUGGCAUGCCCACCCUUCUCCACAUCUUUGAGCCACGCUAUCGUUUAAUGCUGCGGCGAUGUUUAUCCUCGCCUACGCCGCUCUUCGGCAUGAUCAUGCCCCCCAGGUCGUCAUCGAUCGCCGGCCAGACGGAGUACGGUACAAUGCUGGAGAUCCGAAGCGUGCAGAUGCUGGCCGAUGGGAGGAGCAUGGUAGAGACCUGGGGCGUCUGGCGGUUCAGGAUCCUGGAAAGAGCCAUCGUGGACGGGUAUCUCGUGGGGCGGAUUGAGAGGAUAGAUGACUUUGCGGAAGAGCUGGACGACGUGGACAGUGUCGAAUUGAGUGUUUUCGCGGAUUCGAAUUCUUCGACGUCGACGCCUUCUCUUGGCGCGCUUCUCCCCCCUCCAAUGAGUGUCCCGAGCACCUCGGCGCCGUCCCGCCCACCUUCGCCUACAAAUGCGGAGUUGGUGGCUAUCUGUCAUGGCUUUCUGGACCAAUUGAGGCAUGGCACGGCGCCCUGGGUUGUGCAGAGGUUGAAUAACACCUAUGGGCCUAUGCCCACCACCGCCAGCGAGUUCAGCUUCUGGAUGGCUCUGGUUCUACCCAUCGACGAGCACGAAAAGGCGAAACUACUCCCCAUCCGCUCGCCCAGGCUGCGCCUGCGGCUCGUCGUGCACUGGAUAGAGCAGUUGAACAGCAAUUGGUGGUUCUCGAGUGGGUGUGUG